CACUGAACAACCGGAUAAGAACUACUUAUAACCUGAACAGAAACUAAACAAAACAUAACUUAUAUCUGACCGUUACACAAUGCAGAUCCUUGUGCUGAUCCUUGGCAUUGUGCUGCUCCCUAAAGUCUGUGCAUUGAAAUGUUACGAAUGCAUACCGGGACCCUCUGGAAGCUGCAAUGAGAGAACAAAAGAAUGCCCUCCCAAUACUCGGUGUGCUUCAGACACAAUGACUUCAUAUACAGGUAGUUACAAACUUGCUGAUUCUAAAAUGAAAACGUGUGCCGCAGCUGAACAGUGCACUGGGGGCUCAGUCAACUUUGGAGGUGCCAGAAUUGUAAUUACCAGCAAGUGUUGCACCUCUGAUCUUUGCAACUCUCAAGAUGCCCCUGAUGGGAGCAUCUCCUCUCCAAAUGGAAAAAAGUGCUUCCUAUGUGAUGAAAUCGAUUGUACCAGAACUCUAACCUGCAAUGGAAAUGAGGACUACUGCAUCUCCACAUCAGUGAAUGUAGCAGGGCAAAACAUAACUGCAAAGGGCUGUGCCUCCAAGCUUAUUUGCUCAAACAUGCAACCUGCACAGAUGAAAGAAUUUAUCAGCGGAGAAAUCAGGUGUUGCCAGGGUGACCUCUGCAACAGCGCCACCAGUACAACUGCCAGCCUUCUGCUCUUUGUGACACUUCUGAUCUCUUUGGUCUUGUUCUCUUAGCUGAUGAAAAAAACAACAUCAGAGCCCAGUUUUUCUUCUCACCUUCACAAUGCUUCCAAUUGUUUCUUCAGAGCUCAGUAAAAAUAGAAAGUUCCAUGAAAAUUAAAAAUAUUCCAUUUUUAUCUUCUCUAUUUAAAAUGUUUUUGGUUACAGGUAAUCUAUAAAUUUACUUUUAGUUUGUAUUUGUUUGUUUAUUGUUUUGUGUUGUAGCCAAGCACCUUUUUAUAUGUAGAGGGGAAAAAGAAUUUGAUUUUGUCCUGUUUGGAUUUCUGUUUUCUCUAAAAAUUCUAAAACAUUUUGAACUGAUACUUGAAAGCUAAAGACGGAAAAAAGAACCUGUAAAAUAAGUUUAUGCAUGAAAAUAUUGUGGAAAAAGAACGUACAAAGUGUGUAUACUCAUUAUUGUUACUUAGAAUCUCCCAGCAGCUAGCUGCCUUCCAUGACUGACACACAGAUGUUCAGUCUGUAUUCUUUUGAGUGUGACAGCUUCAGUCUUCUUUCAGAUCUUGGCAAAGUGGUGACACAUCAGAAUAACUCACAUACAUUAAAAAUCAAUUCAAACUUGUACACUUAAUUCUUUUUCUUUUAAGUCAUUAAAGAUAUAUGUUUUACAAUCA